CAGCUCAAUUUUCGCGUAUAUUUUUAAAGAAAACGCACUUUCUCUUUCUCCUUGUGUUUAUGAUGAUGAUGAUGAUGAUGAUGAUGAUGAUUGUGUGUUAGUUUCAACGAUGGAAUUUUGGCAGGACGCUGGGAUCUGCAUUUCUCGAUCGCAGCGACAACAACCAAUUCUUUCUUCUUCUCGUUUCAUCUUCAUCUUCUUUGCGUGUAAUCUCCAUCGCUGCCAACAUUAUUAAAAGAAGAAUAUAUGUAGAUAUAUACACAUAUAUAUUCUCCGUUUUUCCUUUCACCGAUUGUAUGUAAUCUGGGAAUUUUGAAGAAUAAAACGCGUAGUGUUGCUGUGUUUGUGAUUUUGGGAAUUCUGAAACAAUGAUGGCCGCGAGGGAGCACCAAACGGUGCCGCUUUCCGUGUUGCUAAAGAGAGAAUUGGCAAAUGAGAGAGUAGAGAAGCCUGAAAUUUUGCAUGGACAAGCAAGUCAAAGUAAAAAAGGAGAGGACUUUACAUUGCUCAAGACCGAAUGCCAAAGGGUUCUUGGUGAUGGUGUUAGCACAUAUUCUGUUUUUGGGUUAUUUGAUGGACAUAACGGGUCUGCGGCUGCAAUUUAUACAAAGGAGAAUCUCUUAAAUAAUGUUAUAGCUGCUAUGCCUCCAGAUCUUAAUAGAGAUGAAUGGGUGGCUGCAUUGCCUAGGGCUUUGGUUGCUGGCUUUGUUAAAACAGAUAAAGAUUUUCAAAUGAGAGCACAAACAUCAGGUACAACUGUCACCUUUGUAAUAAUAGAAGGAUGGGUUAUAACUGUCGCAUCUGUUGGGGAUUCCCGCUGCAUUCUUGAAUCUGCUGAAGGUGAUGUCUAUUACUUGUCAGCAGAUCACAGGCUUGAAUGCAAUGUAGAGGAGAGGGAGCGUAUUACUGCUAGUGGGGGUGAAGUGGGACGACUGAAUACUGGCGGUGGUGCAGAGAUUGGCCCUUUGAGAUGCUGGCCCGGUGGCUUAUGUCUUUCACGAUCUAUUGGAGAUGUGGAUGUAGGUGAAUAUAUUGUCCCUGUUCCUUAUGUGAAGCAAGUAAAGUUAUCUACAGCGGGUGGCAGGCUUAUCAUCUCAAGUGACGGUGUCUGGGAUGCUUUAUCUGCGGAAAUGGCUCUUGACUGUUGUCGUGGGAUGCCAGCUGAAGCUGCAGCUGCACAAAUUGUCAGAGAAGCGGUGCAGUUUAAGGGACUUAGGGAUGACACAACCUGCAUUGUGAUUGAUAUAUCACCACCAGAAAAGCCAGCUGCUCCUUUGCCAGCACCAAAGAAGCAGGUAAAAGGAGUUUUCAAGUCUAUGUUUCGCAGAAAAUCCUCUGAAUCAUCCUCUCAAGUUGAUAAAGAAUAUACUGAGCCAGAUGUAGUAGAGGAAUUAUUUGAAGAAGGAUCAGCCAUGCUUGCAGAAAGGUUAGAUACGAAGUACCCGUUAUGCAACAUGUUUAAGUUGUUCAUGUGUGCAGUCUGUCAAGUAGAGAUGAAACCUGAAGAGGGUAUUUCAAUACAUGUUGGCGCAGCUAAUUCAAGAAAGUUGCGACCCUGGGAUGGCCCUUUCCUUUGCUCAAGUUGCCAGGAGAAAAGAGAAGCCAUGGAAGGGAAAAUACCAUCAGGAGAUAGACAUAGUAGUGAAAGUGACUAGCUAGUUAUCCUAUCACGUUUGCGUUCCUCAAGCACUAACUAUUGUUUGAAGUUUAACAUAAAUGAGAAGUUGGAAUUUUCUCACGUUAUUGGCCCCCUUCAAUUCUUAUUGGGGUUGGGGUUUGAGCCAUUUGUGUUGGAAGGGUCCAUUUGGAUUUCUCCCCUUUGCUUCCUUGCUUCAAGUCAGAAGAUUUCAGAGUUAGACCCAUCUGCGAGUUUGAAGAUUUGUUUCUGACUUGAGAUGUGACAAAACUUGUGGUUGCCACCUUAAAUGAUUCGUGGAAGACUUUGAUAAGCUCAACAGUGCAUAGUGACCCGUCACAAGUUAUUUGUUUUUCAAUUUGAGUCGAUUCUUCUCGAACUCAUAGAGCUAACAACUUGUAACAGCCUUCAUGUGUAAUAUUGUUAUAUAGGGAGAUUAUUGAGUACUAGUACGAUACAGAGUUAUUUAAAAUCAGGCAGAAACUUUUGUGAUGAGCCUGCUGUAUGAAUUUGUUAAUGUAGUAUUAUUGAAUCUUACUUUGUCAAGUAGAAUUGUGAGCUCUAGAAAUAGAACAAUUGGCUUUGUUAAUCAGUGUCACCUUCGUUUUGGUGCCAUGUCAGUAGCUUUUUCGAGUCAAGGCACUUGAGCAGUUGGGGCAUUAAAUCAGGUAUUUGUAUCCGGAAUUCUUUGUAUAAACUGGUUUUAAUACAAAGGUCCUGAAACUAACGAGAUUACAAUCUACUAGCUUUUUUGUUGUCAAAAA